GCUGCGCGGGGCGGCCGAGGCGGGACGGGCCCCGGCGCGCGCCGCUCCGCGAGGCCGAGGCGGCGCCAUGAAGCGGAGAGCAGGGGAGCGGGAGAAGGAAAUGAAGAAAAAGAAGCUUCUUGAAGAGCUUGGAGAGAACAGACUUCCAUAUAUGACACCAGAGGAUGCUGGUUUCCAUCAGUUGUGGGAGACCAAAUAUUCCAAACUAAUUUUCAGGAAAUCUGAUACAGUACCUGAAGAGCUCCAUCAAGCAGUACAAGAAGGCUUUUUGACCUUGCGAAAAUAUGAUUGUUUCUUUCAAGAUCUUGUAAGGAUCAAAGGAAAAGAUUUUGUCACCCCAGUGUCUCGUAUAUUAAUUGGAAAUCCAGGAUGCACUUACAAGUACUUGAACACAAGAUUAUUUACAGUUCCUUGGCCUACUGAGGGCUAUGAAAUAAAAUAUUGCAGUCCUCAAAUACAUGAUGCUUGUAAAGCAUUAAUCAAACUUAAUGACUAUUUGCAUAUUGAAGCAGUCCAAGCAUUACAAGGACAAAACUCGUCUGAGACCAAAGAUACUGUUGUAACAGAUAGGGAACAAAAUUGUGAUGCUCCUAUUAAGGAGAAAGGGUCUGUUUUAAAAGAUCAAAGCAGUUGUUACGUUUCAGAGGAUGACUACACGAGUCUAAAGAACAGAACAUCUUUUAACUUGACUUUAUUAAAUUAUAUGGAUCCGCUACAAAUGCUGUACUUGAAACAAGAGCCUUAUUUUGGAAUGGGGAACAUGGCAGUGAGCUGGCACCAUGAUGAGAAUCUGGUUGCAAGGUCAACGGUUGCUGUGUACAGUUACAGCUGUGAAGGUUCUGCAUUUGAAGGAAGUAAUGAACAGAAUCUGAAGGGAAGAGACCCAGCUGUUUGGCAUGUAGGCUUGAAGGUAGCAUGGGACAUAGAGACACCUGGAUUAGCAAUACCACUUCACCAAGGAGACUGCUACUUGAUGCUGGAUGAUCUCAAUAUGACACAUCAGCACUGUGUUCUGGCCGGUUCUUUACCUCGAUUCAGCUCAACUCACAGAGUGGCAGAUUGUUCAAGAGGAUCAUUGGAAUAUAUAUUUGCUCAAUGUGAGCUUGCACUCCAGAAUUUACAGACUGAUUCUGAUUCAAUGGCUUUAUCUUUGAAGUCUCUGGAAGCUGCUGUUGUGAAGCAAGUAGAAGAAACGCAUAAUGAGGUUGAAUUUGAGUGGCUUAGGCAGUUUUGGUUUCAAGGCAAGCGCUAUUUAAAGUGCACUGAUUGGUGGCUUAAGCCUAUGGCUAGAUUAGAAGAAUUUUGGAGGAAAAUGGAGGUUAUGACAAACCUAGUUCUCUGUGAAGUUCAAAAAGAAGAUAAAACUGCAGAACAAAGGAAUGAAACCAUCGGUUGCCUCUUGCUAGUUCUUACUGAACGACAAAAGCUACGUGAAGAAUGGACAGCAAGAUGCCAGUCAAAAGCAGCAGAGAGAUUGCCAGAAGACCAGAAACCGGAAUGCCAUCCCUUCUGGAUAGAUGAUGACAGUAAUAUGCCUCUGCCAUAUGAUCUUGAAGAAGUAAUUGCUAAUCUACAAAAUCUUGUUCAGUAGGUAGCAUAAUAGGUGACCUUCCAGCCUAGAAUUAUUAAUGCUCAUCAUUUGGAAAGAAGUCUUUUAGUUAGGGUGAUCUGUAUGGUUCCUCGGUCGUGUGUUGUUUUAUGUGUCAAUGUAAAUUUGUGUUUUUACCGGCCUCUGCACAGCCUCUAACCAUAGUUAUUGUCUCUCAAUGAAAAAGACCAGGCCCCAUACCUACAGGUGGAUUUUAAGACUUGAAGUCCAGAACGCCAGCCUAGGUUCUCCCUUCCUCCCUCUAAUUCCCAUCAACCCUAGCACCCAUAGGUAUAUAUGUUUUCUCAAGCUCCCUUGACAUCUGAAUUUCAGCUUUUGUGAGUGCCUGGAACAGCCUCUGGCUCAGCAGGUUUCAGCAAUGCAAGGCCUACGCACCCUUCACUUCCCCCCAUGAGAGGCCAUAGGAGUGAGUUUGGAGUUAGUCUUGUGGACAUCUCCAGGAUGGAGCUGUGCACACAGGAUAGUGACGUCUUUGUUCAGUAGUGCAGACAGAGCUGGAAGAGAUGGUGGAUAAAUCCUUUAAACAGUAGUUCCUUGUCAGAGCAUUUGUUCAGAUGACAAGCUCCUGGAGGAGUGUCCUGACAUGGAUCCUGGAGUACCUCAAGCCAGAUGACUUAAUCCCCCAACUCUAAGAGAGUUUUCCAAUGUGAAUCUUGUCUCCGGGCUCCCUAGAGCUCGGAAUUAGGUUCCCAAGCCUUACUUGGUUCUGCCUGUUGUGAAUCCUUCCUGAGGCCAGGUCUCCCAAUGCAUUAGCUAGGGAACUAAUGGACCUAAUUGGGGAUUUUCAUUUUGGGUGUCAGGCCCCCUGGCAAAUUAGAUUUGAGCUCUGUGUUACCAGGCAUUGCAGCGUCUAUGUUGAUCUAGCCAUGAGUACAAUGUCAGAAGACUGUGAGAAAUGAAGUUGCUUGAGAUCUUUUUAUAUUAAUAUUCUAUAAAAAGAACAAUUCUAUGCUGGACUGUACGGGAGCAUUCCUGAACGAGGGGGAUUUUUCAUUUUGUUAAGUUGUUAUUCUAACUUCAGCUGGUAUAUGCCUUUUCUGUUGUGAUAAAAAGCAGAAGAAAAUUAGAUUAUAGUGAAACAGCACUCAGUCUGGAUUACCACUCCAAAAAAACCUUAAGAUUCAGCACUUGUCGUUGCCACCAAGAAAUGGAAUAUGCCUCCUGUGUUAAUCUUCUAUUUAAAAUCACUGUCGAGGCUAGGCUUACCCAGAGUAUACCAGUAUAUUCUAUUGGCAAAGCAUUCUGUGUGUGGAGGAGGUUUGUACUGCCGAAACUGUAUUUUUGACAGUGUAACAUAUGCCAGACCUCCCUGGAGCUAAAGAAGCUGUUCCAGCAAAAAUUCAGUUUUCCUGGUAUAAAGCUGUGUCCACACCUACCAUCUUUUGCCAGGACAAUUAUAUCAAGUAGAGAUUGUACGUCUUAAAACCUUUGACAUAGCUAUGGCAGCAAAAGGAUGAAGACCUGGAUCAAGUAUUUUCCAUUAUAUUCCUGGACUUUUGCUAAAGCUGUUAGCCACCCUUCAGAAUGUAAAGCUUCUUCAAAGAACAAGAUAUUAUUUAAAUUAGGUUUCAUUAUGUUGUGACCUUGAUCCCCACAAUUUAGCUGUUGUCUCUUGUGCCACAAUUUUCUUAAUAUUUUGAAAGAAUGGUACAUUAUAAGCACAGCUUUUCUCUUCCUGCACUAGCUAAGGCUCCCUUUACCAGUGGGCAAGUGGCAUAUAUUUGGAUUAAUGCCACACUAAAUGCUGUUUACUUUGGAGAUCACUUAGAGAAAAGCUAGCUGAAGAUGUGGGAAUUUGCUUUUGAAAAAUGCAGUUCUCACAGAAACAGAUAUUACUUUGGAAAUGAGCACGAUGAAUUCAAACAAGCAAAUGAUGCAACACUGUUAACAUAGGGUUUGAGGGGAUUGUUUGUUUAUGCUGUUACUUUAUGAUUAUUUUGUGUUUAAUUAGGCACUGCUAGAACCAUGGGGAUCACAAUAUUGAAAUGAAUUUGACAGCCAUAAAGGGUAGAGAAGGCACAUCGAUGUAGUUUGCAGUUGAAGUAGAAAUGCAGCUAUUAAAGAAUGAUUGGCAAAAAAUUAUUUCCAGCAGUAGUGAAAGAACACUAUUUUUUUCUCUUAUAUUAGGAAACUGGGAGCAGCAAUAAUACAAUGUUUAAAAAUACAUACUUGUGUAUGCUGAUGAUUUAAGUCAGUGAAUUAACUGAACUUGUACCACCAGCCUCAGUGCAGUCAGAUAGCACCCAUUGAAGCCAUGGAUGGCAAUGGCAUAGACUCAAGCAAAUGAAAACCUUAGGAAUGGGUAAGACCUAAGUUUCACUGGCAAAAUACCAGUAAUCGAGUGGUUAAAGAGAAUUAAUGCUCUGUGUUGCAUUCCAGUCUCACAUCAUGUAAAUCAGUGUAAUUUGAUUGAAUUCAGGGGGAAAACAGCAGCGUAAAAAGGUUUCAUUUCUCCACAGUCCACAGGAGCUGAUGGCAAAGGCAUCAGUAAGGUUGAUGCAACUGUUUGAAAUAUACAGUAGUGCCUAAGAGAAGAACAUCCUUACAGGUAAAUAUCUAUAAAAGAAAACUGAUUGGCCAAGCAUAAGUAUUGCUGUGUUUGAGGCAUUUAUUAGAAACAGAAAAAUACUUCAAAUUUUUCUUUAUUUCAUUUAAAUAAUUAUAAUUUAGCUCAUGUUGCAGUGACCUUACCAAUCCACUCAUAUUCCAGCAUUAAAUACCCAGUACUGUUUUGGAUGGGCUAAAAAACAUUCUUAACACAGUCUCUAAUGGAUGUUCUAUGUAUAGCAACUGUUGGCCAAGUCUGGAUACUCUAGAUGCCUGAAGACCAAGGUCAGAUUGUUUCAGGGAAGAGGGAGGAGCACAAAUUAACUUCUAAUGUUAGAUUCGGUGAUUCUUUUCAAAUGGUGAAGUUCACGACUUUGCUUACAUUUACUUCUCAUCAGCCAUGAAAGAAUUAAGGUAAAAUAGUUCACUUGCACGUGUGUGUCAGGCUAAAUGGAUUACAGAAGAUACAGAUCUGUUUGCCUGUCUGCACUUGCCUUUAGACAGUAUUAAUCAAUUUUACAAAAGCUACUGACUGAACAUGGAACCAAUACAAAUGAAAAGCUCAAGGCAGAGGCUUUCUUUAAAAAAUCUGAUACAGAGUUAGUUUACACUGAGAAAAAGAAAAUGUUGGCAGAAAAUGAAAAACUUUUAUUGUUUCUGUAGUUUGGGGGAUGAAAGGUAAAGGCCAUUUUUAAUUAUGUGAUAGAAAACUGCUGUGUUAUGCCAUGUAAAUUAGAAAUAUUUUCAUAAUGCUUUAUUCAUAUCUCCACAUAUGAAAAUAUUUUAUCUUACAGGUUCUUUCUUGUUGUUAAAAGAUUAAGUAAAUACAAAAUAUUAAUCUCAGUAUAGUAGAUUUUAAAGGCAUCAUUCUUAUGCUCUGAGCUUUACAAAAGAGUCCUAUUAUCUAAAGUGUAAAAAGAAUACCGUGAGUAAUUAUCUACUGGAAAAUGUCCAGGAUGGGUAACAUGCAGCAUAAUAAAUGUCUAACUCAGUUAUCUUAUUAUUAUCCAGAAACGGUUUUUAGUUUCUCUGGUAAUGAAGUGAUUUACUUAACAAGUUGUCUUUUCAAAUCAUGCUAGACUUCUCAGUGCUGCAGGACAGAUUCAGGGAUUCCAGUGCCAUCACAACAGCAAAAAAGGAACAAAAAAAAUACCAAAACUGAUCACAAAGCGUAGCUGAAAGAUUCUGGCAUGUUAACGGUGGGCAUUGCUCAUGUCUCAGUUACUGUAGCGCUAUCCCAAUAGCCCAAAUUCCAGUGCCUCAGACAGGUUUAAUGCAACAGAGAUGAAAUUAGGCCAGAAGCUGAUGUCUAAGGUGGGAUGAGAGGAGGGGAGGAGGAUGAGAGGGGUGUGGUUUCACAAGGCCACAGUUUAUUAACUGAAGUCAUAUGGGAAUCAUCCAGCAGUAACUUGUACAGUGCAGGUCAUGCCCUGUGUCUUAAUUGUUACCACCUGGUGCAAAGUUAAUGUUAGCUCCUUAACCCCCCUUUUCACCCCUGACAGCUGGUCCUCAGCUUUUUACUGGGAGCUGACCACUGUCGUCUUGUGCCAAGGUAAGGCAUCGGGAAAAGCUGCUGUUCCACUGUAAGGAGUGGCAUGAGAAAGCCCUGUCCCCAUUUCCCGCCUCCUCCCUCCACCUCUGUCCUCCUAGAUCUCAGUGGACCAGGUACCUCCACUCAACAUCUGUUUCAUGUCGAGGUUCAAGUUGUUGCAGCUUAUCUUUUGAACCAUCUCACCAGGCACGUGAGCUGCUGUGGAAAAGAUUCGGGAAAACAGACAAAACACUCUUUUCACAGUGAGAUUCCUCGUCCCAGCCAAGACAGCUAGUACACUCCCCACAGCACGCUGCAGAGCUCAGCCCCACGCUCACUGAGCUGUCAGCCCAGUAGUGGGAAAAAAAAAAAAAAAAAAAAACGUUAGGUGAAAAGGUUGAUGUUCAGCAUCUCUGAGGCCUCCCAACCUGCCCAAUUUUGGCCAUCACUGUGUCCCAGCUGUGAGAGCAGAGGCAAUCCAUAAUGGAAGCCUGUUCCUUUCUCUCUCCAGCCCAAACUGAGACUCAUCCUGUUUUGCUAGGUUUGCAUCUUAAUUUACAUUCAUCUCUCCUUUUCACAUUAAAUUGGCACACUUAUGAAAUAAGAGAAGAUAAUUUAUACGUUUGUAAAAACACUGUACUUACUGAGGCUGCAGAAUUGGCCGAAUAGCAUGUCAAAUGGAAGCCAACAAAUAAUUGAUAAACUGAUUACAUUAAAAUGCUGAUGUUGGGUGUAAGCACUUCACACACAAUAUGAAAACUUGCCUACGUGUCUAUGGUUUGUGGUUUGUGCAGAGCACUCGUAAUUCACACGGUAGAAAGGACAUACUAUUCUACAGUUUAUAUCCUCUAAUACCGCACCGGUUUUACAGUGCUUGUCCAUGAUGAAUCAGAAUCUGGUCACAAAUGCUGCUCCCCUCCCCCUCUGUAUCUUCAAAUACUUGCUUUCAUGCCAACACAUCUUGGUCUGAUUAGUCCCCUUGAUUAGAGACUGAAGUAAAAAGUCAGGUGUAUAGGAUUCCCAUUAUCCUUUAUUUCAGUGCUUCUAAGAACAGGUCAGUCAGAGUUAUUUCAGUGAAAAUGUGAACAAUCAACUUCUGUUUACCAUUAACCUUCAGUUUUCUUUUCUUAAAAUCAAAUCAGGGUUUAGUAAGCAGUUAUUUUCAUACAUGUCCCUUGAUCAGUGGAACAAUCUGUCAGAAGCCAUUAAAGCCUCUAUUAGGUUGAAUUGCAUUCAAAGCUAAACUACACAAUCAUUUAAAGGGCUGUGAUGAUUGUUUUUAAUAUAGUAUACAUUCAUUUCUCUCUCUGAGUUGUAAGAUAACUUUGAAACUAAGCAUGUAUGACUAGGUUUUUUUUUUUACUAUCCAGCAAGUCCUUAGAAGCUUGAUUUCGUGUGGAAGGUAAAUGUCUACAUGAAAAAAAUUAAUGCAGUUAAAUGCCCUUUAUAUUUUCAUAAGUUUCUCCUCAGAUUUUUCCAAUUUCAUUGGAUUGGAUUGGUAGUUUAUAUGUAAUGGGAAAAAAUUUUCCAAGGUCCUUUCCUUAAAAAUUUCACCGAAAAUUUACCAACUAGUUUUGCUAAUAUUUUAAAGUGGCUUUUUAUCUUCAGAUCUCAAGAUGCUUCACACAGGGAAACUGAGGUAGAGGGCAAAAGUGCAGCCGUGUGCAGAAUGCUAACUCUGCAGCAGAGCAAAUGUAAUGCUCCGUCGCUGCCCUGUCUCAGUUACUUCCAGUUAAUCAGCUCAAUUUACUGAUUAAAGAAGCUCUCAUAGAAGUUAUUUUUCUCCAAAAAUACACUGGGAUCUGAACAUGAAACUGGAAUUUGUCCUCCUCAUAUAAUGCAUAAUAUAUAAAAAUACAACAUAUGCAAUAAGCAAUUUAUAUAUUUUAACUUUAUUAAAAUAUACAGUAUUUUAAUACAAUUUUAUUAUAUAUAAUUAUUAUAUAAUUAUAUAAUACAUGUAUAAUAGAGAUCUUUCAGGCCUUCUAGUUUUUGAUUAAACUUUCCAGUGAAUGUUUUAGUCACAUUCCAAGUCCCUGCGCCCACAAUGGGAAAAGGUAAAUUUUAUUGGAACUGUUAAAUUAUUCCAUGGAGAAUAUGCACACACUUUUAGCUGUUCUAAAUACAUUCGCUGGACAGUCCUCCAAGGUCGUGUAACUGCUGUACUAGGAAACUCUUGAAAGAAUACCCUGUGAGCAUUUGGGUGCUAUUUAGCAAGGUGAAGAUAUAUUGCUGGAGCACACAGGAAUGUUUGUUGUGCACCUGCUAGCACUUUUUGUCUGGUACCUAUUUUGUGGUCUGGUAAUACUUUACUAUGAGAACUACUUCUCUAGCUAUUUUGGUGAACAUCCUAAUAAUUUAUUACCCAAACAUUAUCAAAGCAUUCCACAAUUCUUUCAUUGCUGUUCCCUCCCUUCUGUCCACUGAUGCCCUUUCUUUCCCAUUUGUGCCAUUAUUAACAGUAAUUUUGGCAACAAGAUGUUUUCUCUGUUAGGCUGACAUGGCUUCAAAGCAAAAAAACCCCUAAAAAUUAUGUAUCAGAUAGCAUACUCUCAAGUAGGUUUAUUUUCCAACCAAUUUAAUAGGACUUUUUGCUACUUGCUUAUUUGCUACUGCUACUUGUGACUAUAUAAACUUGACUGUUUAUAUAGAACUGUGAGAUGCACUGUGAUAUUUAAGUUUAUGUAAUAUGUGUUUGCUAAUUUACCCACAUUUUUAAAAUAAACCACUUAAAGAA